AUGUCUUCAGUACACGAUGAUGCCACGGAUCUAAAUAGUGAUACUGUAUUGGUGCAAAGUUCGUUCGACGUGGCUCAAACAGAUGAUCAUCAGACGUUGCACAAUACACAUGAUCAUAUGAUUCAAUCAAUGGACAGCGAUUUACAAAAUGAAACUCCAAUGAAUUUAUUACCGGCUGAUAAACAUCCUUUCUGGGAAAGUUCAGCAGAAAACCGCACCAGUAUUGAAGAUACGCCACAGCUGGAAUAUGAUGAACACGAUAUUCAUUUAAUUGCUGAUCGAGAAAUUGAUGAUGACUACGAAUUAGAGUAUGAUAUAGCUGCUCCUACUCUCGGCUACACAUCUCAAAAACAAGGUAUUAUGAAAGGCAAUAUAACAUCUGAUGGAAUCAUUGAUGACGAUUUCGAAUCAGAAUUAGGAGGACGCGAAACAACAGAGUUUCACGAUACAGAAGAUGUUGAUUAUCAUUUGAUGCAAAAAAUUGCUGAUUAUGGUAUUAUUGAAUUAUGUGGCGAAGAUAAAUUCGGUCGAAAAACUAUUGUUUGUUCUGCAUGUCGUUUACCACAUGAAGAUAUAAUUAAAAAUAGUGAAUUUAAAACAGUGAACAAAUUCUAUGAUUGUUUAUUAAAAUAUAUCUUAACUACGUUUGAUCAAUACGUUGAUAUGGAUUAUGUCAUUGUUUAUUUUCAUCAUGGUUUAUGUUCAUAUAAUAGACCAGCAUACGGUUGGUUACUAAGUGCUUAUUUUCAUAUCGAUCGAAAAUACAAAAAGAAUCUUAAAGCAUUAUAUAUCGUCCAUCCAACAAAAUGGAUUAAAUUUUUAUGGCCAUUUCUUCGAUCAAUAAUAAGUUCAAAAUUUUCGAGUAAAGUUAUUUAUAUAAAUCGUCUUGGUCAAUUAGUGGAAUAUGUUCAUAUGGAAAAUAUUAAAAUACCAACGGAAGUUAAAUAUAUUGAUCCAAUUAUUCCAAUACCAGUACCACCUCUAGAAUUAAACCCAUCAACGAAGUUUCAUGUUUCACUUCAAUUUCUUCUUGAUCAUGAACAUGGUGCAACAGUACCGGUUGUUAUUCGAGAAACAAUUGAUUAUGUUAAAAGUUGUGGACUGAACGAGCCAGGAAUAUUUCGUCGAACUACUUCUGUUUCAUUGAUUAAAACAAUUCAAGAAAAAUACAAUGCAGGUGAAACUGUUGUAUUUCAACAGUAUGCAGACGUUCAUUUGGCGGCAUGUGUUUUAAAAACAUUUUUGCGUGAUUUAACUGAACCAUUAUUGACCUACCGUUUAUACCCUGAAUUUAUUGGACUCUCAGGUAUACUUAAACUACACAAUCAAGUUCAAGUGAUUCGAGAUUUAAUUAUUGAAAAAUUACCAGUACAGAAUUAUAAUGUUUUGAAAUACUUGACUGAAUUUUUAAAUUUGAUUUCAAUUUACUGUGAUACAAAUUUGAUGACAACGAAAAAUUUGUCAGUUGUUUUCGGACCCAAUCUAGCUUGGUCAGACGAUGUACAUAUGAACACAUUAGCGAAUAUUACACUGAUAAAUACAGUUACAGAAAUAUUAAUUGCACAUUAUACAGAAAUUUUUCUUAAAUGA